AGCAGUAAAGAGAAGACUCUUCCACUAACGCACAACGAAGCCCACAAAUCACACAAAUUACGGUCACUUUUCUUUUCUUUUUUAUUUUUUAUUUUUGUUUUUCAUUUUUUCUUUCCUUGUUUUUACUUUCACUGCAAUUCCCCCACAUAUGUAUAUCUCAGCAUACACACACAUGUAAAUAGAUAUAUAUAAAUACAUAACUAUGUAUCAUCAACACAUAUCUAUCUAUCGUCGUACUCGGUACUUUCAUUUGAGUGAUAUUGGUACCAGUUAUGGAUUGCCCACAAGAAUGGCCGGAACCAAUUGUCCGAGUUCAAUCCUUGUCUGAGAGUGGCACAACCGUAAUUCCGGAGAGAUACAUCAAGCCUCCAUCGCAGAGACCGUGGUCGAGUUCUAGUAUAGCAACGGAUGUUAGCAUCCCAGUCAUCGAUCUGGGGGGCAUUCAUGGUGAUGCGAGAGAGCGUGAAGCACUCAUGUGUAAGAUGUCAGAGGCAUGUCGCGAGUGGGGAUUCUUCCAGGUGGUCAACCAUGGUGUGUGCCCAGAUUUGAUGAGGCAGAUGAGGGAGGUAUGGCGGAGUUUCUUCCAUCUUCCCCUCGAGCAGAAGCAAAUCUACGCCAAUUCUCCAAAGACGUAUGAAGGGUACGGUAGUCGCUUGGGAAUUGAGAAGGGUGCUAUUCUCGACUGGGGAGACUACUACUUCCUUCAGUUCCUUCCCCUCUCUGUCAAGAACAAGUAUAAAUGGCCUCAUCUUCCUCCUCCUUGUAGGGAGGUGAUUGAAGAGUACGGAUGGCAGCUGGUGAAACUCUGCGGGACUUUGAUGAAAGUGUUAUCUAAGAAUCUUGGAUUGGAAGAAGCGUAUCUACAAAAUGCAUUUGGUGGAGAAGAUAUAGGGGCAUGCCUGAGGGUCAACUACUACCCCAAAUGCCCGCAGCCAGACCUCACGCUUGGUCUCUCUCCACACUCCGACCCUGGCGGCAUGACGCUUCUUCUACCGGAUGAUCGUGUGACCGGUCUCCAAGUCCGCAGAGGGGACGCCUGGGUCACGAUACAACCCGUCCCCGACUCAUUCAUAGUCAACAUCGGAGAUCAAAUCCAGGUGUUGAGCAAUGCCAAUUACAAGAGCGUCGAGCAUCGCGUGAUUGCGAAUGCGUCUGAAGAACGACUGUCCCUGGCUUUCUUUUACAACCCCAAGAGCGAUGUGCUUGUGGGACCCGCACCGGAACUAGUGACUCCGCACCAACCCGCCUUGUACACGCCAAUGACCUUCAACGACUACAGGCUGUACAUCAGGACAAGGGGACCACGUGGCAAGUCCCAAGUGGAAUCCUUGAAGGCUUCUUCCCGUGCCACGCAAUCCCAUGAUCCCUCUUCACACUUGCAGCGGGAAAACGACUGUCAGCCCCCCACCCUCACUAUUUAAAAGGAACAUUAUUUGUGCCAUGAACCCACCUCCCAAACGAUGGGGCCUGACUGUUCUCUUUGGUGGGCCUGACCCCUCUUAACCAAUGGGAAUCUACAGCCACCUAACAAUCUGCUUCCGACACGAGGACUACUAAUUGGGAACUUUUCACGUUGAACAUUUCUUCUCCCUUGUAAAUCAAGAUUCAGCAAAUCCCUUGUUAUUUUAUAAAAUUGUUGAUCUUCUUUGUUAGCCCAGAGCAUCCGAGCAUCAUCUACUGUCGGAUUGCUGCCUUGGGGAAUGUAUAAGUACCAAAAAGAUAUAUAUUGCGGGAUUGGCCCAAUUCCCUCUGUAAAAGAAAAAUCAAUUAUAA